AGAGAGAGAGGGAGAGAGAGAGAGAGGCAGAGGGAGAGCUGAGGAAAGAAAAAAAGGCAAGACUUGGCACAGCUCAGUCAAAUCAGCUUCUUUUGUCUGCUUUCUCGGCUUGAGCUUCAGGAAAGAAAACCGUCCUGGGGUACAGAAAAACUCAGAACUUUUUGGUUUUCAAACUUAGAAGGCUUUUUAAGUCUCUUGGGCUAUUUGAAAGUGUUGGUACAUAUAAUGACGUUUAGUCACCAGUAUUAAGGGAAAUAAAAGCCUGUUUCAAAAUGAAGCUUCCACAGUGUCCAUGCAUUUGGGAAAUACUGUACUUGAAUUUUUGCAUGUAUGAUUAUACCAUGAGAGACAGGAUUAAUGUAGAAGAUGGCAAGGCAAAUUUGUAUUUAGAGAGGAUAUUAAUUUUCUACAAAAUAAAAGUUUGUUCAACAAUACAAACCUGCUUUCAAAUCAAAUCAGACAUCCUUCGGAAUGUGUUCAGAACCCAAACAUCAUGUCAAUGGCAGCAGAACAGUCGAACCUUUCCCAGAGGGAACACAGAUGGCUCUAUUUGGAAUGGGCUGUUUUUGGGGAGCUGAGAGGAAAUUCUGGACCCUGAAAGGAGUAUAUUCAACUCAAGUUGGUUAUGCAGGAGGCUACACUUCUAAUCCUACUUACGAAGAAGUCUGCUCAGGAAAAACGGGCCAUGCAGAAGUAGUUCGAGUGGUGUACCAGCCAGAACGCAUCAGCUUUGAAGAACUGCUCAAGGUCUUCUGGGAGAAUCAUGACCCGACCCAAGGCAUGCGCCAAGGCAACGACUACGGCUCUCAGUACCGUUCAGCCAUCUAUCCGACCUCCCCCACUGACCUGGAGGUGGCCCUGCGGUCCAAAGAAGACUACCAGAAGGUCCUGUCGGAGCACGGCCACGGCCCGAUCACCACGGACAUCCGGGAGGGACAACCUUUCUACUACGCGGAGGAUUACCACCAGCAGUACCUGAGCAAGAACCCCGACGGGUACUGCGGCCUCGGGGGCACCGGCGUGUCCUGUCCAUUGGGGAUUAGAAAGUAAUUUCUUUCCACAUGGUGGGCCCUUCGUGUCACAGCAAAACGCUUUCAACAAAUGGGGUAAUUCUUCUGUGGGUCUCGUCAAUGGCUUUUUGAAGUGCACAAAGCACAAAGGCUUUGGUAAAAAUCUGGUUUAUUGAGGUAUAAUUUACAUGAGGUACCAUGGCGAGCUGAUAACAUGUAAUUUGUCUCCUAAUCAGUUGUGGUGGGAAUAGAGCUGUGAGAUGUUUUGGGUCGUUUAGGAUCUGUCUGAAUGAGGACAGUGAAUAUGCUGCGUUCACCCUUCUUCUGCCUGGUGCCUGCCAUGGAAGCUGGGGAGGAAAGCCAGCUGUAGGGCAGGAUGGAGCAUGCUGGAAAUCCUUUAUCUGAGCCCUGUCCCACCUCACAUGCCCUUCACCCUCCAGUGCCUUAAAAUUUGCAAACAGUUAUAGCCUCAAUGAGUCACUCACUGAAAUACUUAGCUCUACUGAUCCUGUACUUGUGGAAGGCCCUGCUGAGGCAGAGAAAAUGUGAGCUAGCUGGAUAAAUUCUAAGGCAUUGCUUACAGCUAUGAGAAAUGCUUGUUCUAAUAAAAGUCUACAGUCUAAUAAUACAAA